AUGUCACCUUUGAACGAAGCCGCCUGGAUUCUGAAGCCAAAAGGUGAUUUGAAGCGAUUCACUGCGGCCUACAACGCCCCUUUGGAGGGUGAAAUUGUGAUCGAGAACCGCGCUGUUGCGAUACAACCAUUCGAUGCCAAUGUCCGGGCCCGAGAAUACGUCGAUGUGCCCUACCCAUUCAUCUUGGGCAAUGGAGCUGCUGGCAUUGUUCAUGAAGUCGGCCCGUCAGUUACUCGUUUCAAAAAGGGCGACCGUGUCGUGUCCGACACGCCUACUUAUCAGCUCAAAGAAUCAAAGUACGGGGGCUGGCAGAAAUAUGUCGUGAGUCGAGAAGCCACGACCGCUAAGAUACCGGCAAGCACAACGUUUGAGGAUGCUGCCGCAACACCUUUUGCGCUGUUAACGGCUGUUUCUGCGUUGCACCUACACCUGGGGAUGGGGAAACCAGGAACGAAUCGCAACGGAAAAGCACUAAUCUGGGGUGCUAGCGGAUCUGUGGGGGGAUAUGCUGUCCAAUAUGCUGCCAGUGUUGGUUGCGAAGUCGUGGCAACCGCUUCCCCCCGGAAAUUCGAGUUUGUUUGUGGCCUAGGCGCCUCGACUGUUUUCGACUACAAGGACGAUGAGAUCGUCUCGAAACUGAAGAGCCUCGGCCCCUAUGACUAUAUUAUGACGGCCUCGGGUGACGCGACAAGUGCAAAUGCUAUAAGCGAAGUCCUGCAACCGGACGGUGGGACAUUUGCCUCUGUCCGCCCGCCAAGUGAUGAAGUGAAACUGGCGAAAAAUGUCCAAUUGGUCUAUGAUUCUUUCAGCAUGACUACCCAGAAGCCGGAAAAUGGCAAUUUCACGAGAUGGUGGUAUCGUGACUACCUCCCCGGAGCUCUGGGCGGAAAUGUGAACCCCACCCCCUUGGAGAAGCGAGCUGGUGGCUUGAACAGGAUCCAGGAUGCUUGCACUGAUGUUUUAGAAGGACACAGUCCGAAACAACUGGUUUUAGAUCCCUGGGAGGUUGGUACUUGA